AUGAGGGAGGUCAGAAUACUGAUGCUCCAUGGAUACACUCAAUCCGGCCCUCUCUUCCACGCCAAAACCCGCGCCCUCGAGAAACUCCUCAUAAAAUCCCUCGCCCCUCUCAAGAUCAGGCCCACCCUCCUCUACCCCACGGGUCCCAACCGCCUCUCGCCCAGGGACAUCCCAGGCUACGCACCCUCCGAGGGCGGGGCCGCCGCAGGCGAGGAGACCGAGACGGACGCAUGGGCCUGGUUCCGCAAGGACGAGGCGACGGGGUCGUACCGUCUGCUGCGCGAGGGCAUGGACAGCGUGGCGCGCGCGAUCCGAGAGGAAGGGGGUGGGCGCGUGGACGGCGUCGUGGGGUUCUCGCAGGGCGGCGCCGUGGCGGCGAUGCUGGCGUCUGCGCUGGAGAGGCAGCGCGAGGCGACGACGGCAGAGGCGGAGGAGUGGCUUGCCCCGCUGCGAGAGGCCAACGGCGGGCGCCCUCUCAAGUUCGCGGUCGUGUACAGCGGGUUCUUUGCGCCGCCUGGGGACCUGGCGUGGCUGUAUGAGCCGCGCGUGAGGACGCCGACGCUGCACUACAUCGGCAGCCUGGACACGGUGGUCGAGGAAGGGCGGAGCCGGGGGCUGGUGGCGCGGUGUGAGGAUCCUGUGGUUGUGGUGCACCCUGGGGGUCACUAUGUGCCGGUGAGCAAGGAGUGGGUGACGCCGCUGGUUGGGUUCGUGAGGAGGUGGUGUGAGGAUGAUGCGGAUGAGAGCUGA